AUCCAUCCAAUAGCUCGUCCUUUGUCUCUCUUCACCUCAUUCUUAUUCUGCUCUAAUUAAUGCAGCUGUCUUAAUGAGAAUAAUUCGAACCAAACCAAAAUAAAGUGACUGGUUCUCGCUCGCAUUCUUUUACCACUUUCUCACAUUCAAAAAACCUUUGCACAUUUCAAACGACACCGUGAGGAGUAACUGAAUUAAGACUUGACUAGCUGACGAUGCACACCGGCACUGGCGCAGCCUUAUUUGACAUGAACUCGGACACAAAUCAGGACCAGGACCAGGACCAGCAUCAACAACAUUCUCAUGUGUCUGAGAAAAUUCAUGUGAGCCAGGAAGAUGGAAAAAUAAAGGGAACAAUAGAAGAGACACAUUCCUCUUCUGAUGCAGAAGAUUUGGCGCGCUUGGAGGAAUUGAUACAGAUGAAGACCAGAAUCGAGGCUAAAUUGCGCGCAAAACAGCUUCAAAAGGCAGCCAAGAAAUCGGGCAAAGAAAGCGCUCCCGUCGCCAUGGGUACCACAUCCCCAGGCCAACUCAUUGCACAGGCUGAGAGCAAUGACUCCGACAUCUGCUAUGACGCUCCCUCAACACCAACGCGUCCAACACUUGCGGAGAUGUUGGUCUGCACAACUCCUGGGAAAAACACUUCCAAUGGGGAUACCCAUAGCGACGAACAAGCGACUACGGAAGCAGUGUUGACUACCCCUCCCAAAAAAAAUACAACGCCUCUAAUUUCCCCAGGAUUUCGGUCACCAUCCCCCCCAUCGCCUACAAGGUUUUUCAUGUCUCCAUCUUCUCCAUCUUCUGGAAGGAAGAGGCAGCAUAGCCCUUCUCCCAUCUCUAGGCGAUUAUCGUCUUCCAUGCAGGGUAGACAUGCGUCGCCAACCCCUUCAACCCAGAGGCAACGGCAAUAUAAUGCAAACUUCAGUGGCACUCGUGUAAAUACACCGUCGUUCCAUAAAAUAUCGGAAAUGAGCAGCCCAAGGGAUGGCACAAGUGGGACAAUUGAAAAUACUUUCCCUGAUCUUCCAGACAACGAGCUUGACAGUACUUUCUUGGAUGCUCUCUUUGAUUCAGACGAUGAUGUUCAGUCAUUUGACACCUGUGGGUCAAUAAUGCCAUGUAGUCCCUCAGUUACCAACAGCGAGAACUUGGAUGGUCGGUGUGCUCUCAGUCAGGUAUUGGGAGAAACUGGAGUAUCGAAUAAUAAACUUACAGAGGCAGUUGAGGCUCAAAAACUAAAAAGAGAGACUGAACUUACAAGGAAACAAUUCCCAAAGGCAACAUUUCUGACAAUGGCAGCUGCUUCCGAGCCUAUCUCUGCAGCUGAAGUAACAAGGCUUGGGCAUACCUCGGGCUUUGAUCCUUUAACUGGACUGCGGAUAAAGGAUCGUGAAACAGGGUGCGAAGAUAUGGCGAGGAUGACUCGUGGCUUGAAAAAUGUUCAUAUUAAGGACGGUGAACGCAUAAGAGAGAAGUCUCUCAAGCCUUAUGCAGCCGGUCUCUUAAGCUCUUCGACGUCUAUAUCGAUACCAGGGUCAGCAGCAACCGAUAGUGAUAUUAGCGGUAUAGCGAAUGGGCAAAAUGGCGGUAGUUGGGUUGUGGGAGGAGUAAUAGGUGCCAAGUCAAAGAUAAGAAUGACAAAAAAGAAGAUGCAAUAUUGUCAUUUUCAGUUGUGUGACUUAAAAAGCCAUAUGAUUAACGUAUUCAUGUUCAGGAAGGUUAUGGACAAGCAUCAUGGAAGAUUAAGGAUUGGAGAUGUGGUCAUCAUAAUGGAUCCUAAGGUGCUGAAUCAAGCCGAGCGUGCAGGAAUAUUGGGUGUGGAAGUGGAGCAUCCGGACUGCUUACUUGUCGUUGGUACUAGUGCAGACUUUGGUCAGUGCGAAGCAAUCAAGCUAGACGGAAAAGAGUGUGGGCGUGUUGUGGACAGAAGGGCUUCGAGAUUAUGCGCCCAUCACAUCAUGAUGCUCACAAAUAAACGUCGCAAUCAACAUGGGUGUCUUAUUGCUGGUACAAGUUCGAUUUACGACUUGGAGAAACCUUUAGCUCAAAUGCCAUCCCCAAGCGUAUUACGCAAGGUAGGAGAGAGCAGCUUUAAGAGCCCCUCAUCAGCGAGGCUGCGAAUGAUGGCGCGCGAUUAUAAGGAGACGACAUAUAUUUUUGAUGAUGGUGGCAUAGGGACUUCGUCUUUGUUAGACUCCAAAGCUUCAAAGAAGAGUCUUGCUCAGGAGGAUAGCAUUCUUUCGUCAUUUCUGAUGAGCCAAAACAACCCAGGUGGCCAAUAUCUGCGGCAAGCCAAAGCGAGUAAAGACGUAGCUUGGGCAAAGGAUGUGACCUCGCCUAAAACACCUCCCAACAACUCGGAGCUUUUCCCUGCAGAGAUGGUCCGUAGGAUGGGAUAUAAUCCAGUUACUGGACAAUUUGUGCCUGGCAGCCCAAAACGAAACAACGAUGAUCUCGAGGCUAGAGAGCGAUCUAUCCGGCUAUUAACAGAGCGUAUCAAAUCGCCUCCUUCCCCAAUGCGACCUCUAUCAAAUUUACUACCGAGCGAACGAAAACGUACUAUUGAUGUCAAGGGAACAACAAGACCCAUCGCCUUGCCUAGGAGCAGUAAAGCAGCAUUGGCGGCACUAGAUAGCAAGAACAAUGGAGGCCGGGAAAUCAAGGGAGAUGUAUUUUUUGGGACACGACAGCCAGUGCCAGCCGCACCAGGAAGUGGAGCUGCUAAGAAAUGGGUUGAUUUGGACGAUGGAAGCGACAAUGAAGGUGAGCGUCUUUUGUCUUUGAGUGAACAGCGUGCAAAAAAUAUGGUGGAGGCAAGAAAUGCACGAAAUCGCGCUGCAUCCGCAUCAGCAGAGCAAUCAGUGAUAGGAGGAGCUGGGUCAAGGAACCCCACGCAGUCGAACACGGUAUCCCAAAUAGCCCGUAUCCUUCCUGCGACGUCUACUGAAAAAGGGAAACAGCGUAGGUUGACUGCAAACGAUCCUAUUUUGUCUACACUGGCAUCGGUCGCAACGUUAAAGGCGCCUCCACGGCCCGGAAACUGUAAAGAUCAAAGAGCGAUUUCCAACGCUGAUACCCAAUCUCUUACAUUAGCGGCCUCUCCCUUCUCUUCCUCCUCUUCCUCACAACUACCAGAUCCAAAUAAGAAGGAUCACGCCAACAAAAAACAGCGAUUUGUUGAUCUAUCUGAUUCUGAAUGAUCGCUGUUCGAACUUAGAUGCUUGCCGGAUCAUACUCUUCUUUCCUCUCUCCAAAAUUUAUCUUCAUAAUAAAGCUCUACAGCUCGAAGAGAC